CACCUUGCCAUCGACCAUGGACUCGAUCAUCGAAACGCAACGAGCGACCCACGAGGAGAUCGAGCGGUAUGAGCAGGCGCUCGCCGACGUUCUCAUGCAGAACCCCACUGCUCAACGCAACAUUGUGCGGAGAGAUCGCAAGGCGGGUGACAUCCUCGACCGUAUCGGCGAGCUGAGGAAGAACCUCGUGGAGACGUACGAGGACCUGCCAGGACUUCGACCAACAGAGCUCGCGCUCCUCUCCGCCCCUCCCGCUGGCGAGGACGAGCUCGGCGAGUUCUACAGGCGCUUUGAGGCCAUCAAGGCGUUCCACACGAGCAAUACAAACAUCAACGCUCGCCAGUUCUUGCACGAGAUCGACGAGCUGGUGCGCAGUGACGGCUUGGAGACUGUGUACGUCGAGGACGAGGAAGAGCCCAUCAUCAUUGAUCCCUUGGACAAUGUUUUCUCUGGAGAAGAGGCGUACGGACGACAACUCGAUCUGUAUGAGUCACACGCGCAGUUCUUGAAUCUCAAGGGCAGCACGCGUCUGUCGUACAUUGCCUACAUCGACAUGCUGAGGCAGGGCCGAGUGGAGCGCACGCUGGACGUGAAGGAGAAGUCGACGGCGGCGUACCUCGCCUACGUCCAAACCCUCUACAACUACCUCGUGUCGUUCUUCCGCCGCGCGCUACCCCUCAUCAACGUUCAGAAGAAGCUGGACGCGUCAGAGGCCAGCUUUGAGUCGGCAUGGGCGGCUGGAGAGGUGCCUGGAUGGAGCGAGGGCAGCAGUGGGGGCAAGAAGGCCGAGGCCAACGGUGGCGCUGGCAUUUGGUGCCCGUACUGCCAGAAGCACUACUCCAAGCAGACAGUCUACGACGCACACCUCAAGUCGGACAAGCACAAGAAGAAGGAGGCGGCUGGCAAGGCUGUUGCCGAGUCGGAGGCUAACGGUGCCGCCGCGGGCCCAUCAACCUCGUCGCGCGACAAGCUCAAGCAGCCCGCACGACUCACCUACCUCAUCGGAGAGCUGCUCGCCUUCCCUCCCUUGCCCGACCUUCUCUGGGCGUCGCGAUCAGAAGUCGAGCGCCGCAGUGCGCUGACGGCGCGCGAGCGUGAGGCCGAGCUCGAGGAGCAGGAGGACGCGCAGCCCCCACCUGCCGAGACCAACAUCACGGCCGAUGACGAUGACGACGACGAAGACGAGGAGGGACGGACGUACAACCCGCUCAAGCUCCCGCUCGGCUGGGACGGCAAGCCCAUCCCGUACUGGCUGUACAAGCUGCACGGUCUCGGCGUCGAGUUCAAGUGCGAGAUCUGCUCCGACUUUGUGUACAUGGGCCGCAAGGCGUUCGACCGUCACUUCCAGGAGUCGCGCCACGCGUUCGGCAUGCGCGCGCUCGGCCUGCCCAACACGAGGCAUUUCCACGAGAUUACCAAGAUCCAGGACGCGCUCGCGCUCGCUGACAAGCUCAAGCGCGAGGGACGGCAGGAGCUCGCGGCCAUGGACCGCGCAGAGGAGUUUGAGGACGCAGACGGUAACGUGUACGACAAGAAGACGUACGAGGACCUCAAGCGCCAGGGAUUGUUGUAGAGCAAUAUGCAUGGG